AUGCACGAUGUGGGGCUCGGCCACCACCACCGCUCACGGCUCUUGGUGCGCAUUCCUAACACCCACCCCCUAAUUAUCGAUACCCCUUCAUCCAACAACACACCUAUUAUACCAUACCUCGCCGUGCGAGGACCACCCAAUGAGCAAGGGACUAUGACACCUAUUAUCCUCGUAGGGAUAUGCCUUGCGGGUGCAACGUGUGUUAUAUUGGCGAUCUCGCUAGUGAUUCGACAACAGAGGAAAAAGGCGAGCGCUCGUACGGCGAGAACCAUGGAGCGGGGGGUUGAAGCGGCCAAGCAGUCUAACGAAUAUCAAGUACAAUGGAGGCGGAGCAUGAGUUUUAAUGCUUCACAUGAUACGCAUGUAGUAAAUGCAGUAUACGGUGAAAAAUCGAGAAGCUCCUUUGAAUCGUCUGACUACCAUGCACUUUCGAGCAAUCAAAUCAAGGUUGUGAACCGGGCUGUGAUUACAAACAGUGUGAUAUCGCCGGUGCCCAAGGCGGCGCUCACUUCUCGAAUGCACCCCAACUUGAAGGCUAUUGAUAUCCAACGAGCGAACAACCCGCAUGCAGCUACGCGCGACUAUUCAUCUCUUGUCGCACCUCUCCCCCCGGCGAUGUUUCCAACAACCCCCUCUUCUAUUAAUACAUUUUACGGACCGGCCAUUGUUCGUGCCCACGCGGAACAGAACCUUCCUCAUUCGAGUGCAAUGAGGGCGCUAGCAGUCGCCGCAGGGAUUGCCACUACUCCGACCUCCCCUACCUUUGAAAUACACCAACAAGCGGAUAAAGGGGAGGUCGAAUUACCGAUCAGAUUUUCUCCGCUCCGAGAGAGUACAUUUGGAGAUGGGAUGAAAUUGGGUCAGCAUCUGGGGCUUCGUACAAGCCGAGAAAAUGAACGGGAAGGCGUAAUGAGUGUGCAGAGUGCAAACCCACAAGACCAUAUUAGUCCUAUUUCUCAGGAUGGCUCUUCGAUUCGGAACGUACCCUCGCGCCCUGGGACGGCGGGAACAUUUGGUCAGCCGCUCGGUUCAGGGUUCUCAUUUGGCUCUCGGGUACCUUACCGCACCCACCGGCAUGCAGCAAGCAGUCUGAGCAUGGCUGACGUGAAGAGUGUGCGGAUCAGCUAUGCAUCUGGACAGUCGUCUCCCGGGUUGGCUGCUAGUUUCGCCCGAAGUCAUUCACCACACGGCUCAUUUUCUCACUCGCACGGUCGAACCGACAGCGUGGCGUCGGGCACUUCAAACGUCAUUACUCGUAAAGUUCAAACAGUAUUUCCGCCGCUUCUGCCCGACGAGCUCGUUUUGGCUGUUGGUGACAAGGUCACAUUGCUGGAAACUUUCGACGAUGAAUGGUGCGUCGUUGGUCGAGACCGGUUCGGCGAGGUCGAGGUCGGCGCGGUUCCCGCAUAUGUGUUUACCAAAUUGAGAACCGGAGAAAAGAUGGAGCGGCCUAUGAGGAGCACAAGUCUGGGCGUUAAAGUCGAGAUGAGCAAUGCUCCCGGCGCUGCUUGGAGUUCUCGUGAUGAAGUUAUCAGCUGGUCCAACUUCUGA